UGAUAGCACCUUGUAUGAAUUCGCCUUGGUAUUUACCUUGUUUACAUUCACUGAAUUUUUCGAAGAAAUUAAAAUAACUUUUCAGAGGAAAAUGUUAAAACCGAAAGCAUUAACUCAAGUUCUUAGCCAAGCAAAUACAGGUGGUGUCCAGAAUACGUUGCUUCUAAGCCAAGAAGGUGCUUUACUGGCAUAUUCCGGAUAUGGUGAUAAAGAUAAGGAUGCUAGGGUAACUGCAGCAAUUGCCAGCAAUAUUUGGGCUGCUUAUGAAAAGCAUGGACGCAAUGCUUUCCGGGAAGAUCGUUUACAAUUCGUGUUGCUAGACUGCGAAUGUGGUCAUGUAGCAAUAACAAAGGUUGCUAGUAUACUGUUGUGUCUCUACGCCAAAGAAAAUGUCGGUCUUGGUCUUCUAAAACAAAAAUCUAUGGCUUUAGCUGCUUACCUUGAAGGACCACUUAAACAAAUUGCGGCAUCAUAAAAUAUACACACAUACAACUAAUAAUAUCUUCGAAGAUUAACGAUUUACUGUGUAUUUUUUAUUAUUUUAUUAAAAUUUCAUCAUACAUAUUAUUUAUAAUUUAACGCUUAUGAGUGAAAAUGAAAAAAAAAUUAAUAAAUAGCAUAAUUUCUC